AUGGAGAAAGCAACACAAUCGCAGCCUCAGCUUCAGCAGCUGCAGCAGCUUCAGCUGUCAAUAUCGAAGGCUACAGAAAGUCCGGCUGAGGAUAUUUCCAAUUUGACGGAUGAGGACCUCCUAAAGUGGAGCAAGGAGGACCUAGUGCGGCGGCUCCGGAGGUCUGAGGCAGAUAAAAUGAGCGUUAUUUUGGACCACGGAAAUCUGAUUCGGGAAGUCAACCGCAGCUUACAGUUACACCUGAGCGAAAUCCGGGGGUUGAAGGACGUGAACCAGAAACUGCAGGAAGAUAACCGCGAGCUGCGUGACCUGUGCUGCUUCCUGGACGACGACCGACAGAAAGGCAAGCGGGUGUCGCGCGAGUGGCAGCGCCUUGGCCGAUACAGCGCCAGCAUCAUGCGUAAGGAAGUCGCGCUUUACCUGCAGAAACUCAAGGAACUGGAACUCCGGCAAGAGGAGGUGAUUCGGGAGAACCUGGAGCUCAAGGAGCUCUGCUUGCUCCUGGACGAGGAGAAGGGGGUCGGCGGCGGGGGGAUUGGACAAGGGGGCGGGGGUCACGGUGUCGGAGGGUGUCGAAACUCUAUUGACAGUCAAAGCAGUCUGUUGGUCCCUGGUGCCGGACUGCUGAUGAUGCGCGACGUGGGCGACGGGAGCAGCACCUCCAGCGCGGGGAGCGCAGACAGCGCCGACCACGCACAUCACAAGCAGGCGCUUUCAGCCGGGCCCGUUGGAGGAGGAGGAGGAGGGAGCAGUCCCGAACACCUCCAUAAGCCCAGGAGCGGAGGAGCUGGCGGAGGAGGCGUGGAGAUAUCGAGCCCCGACCAUCCGGCCCCGGGAAGGCACAGGAGCACCAGCCUGGAGUACCCGUUCGCCCUGCCCCAGCCUUGCCGGCCACGCUGCGGAUCCAUCUCGGUGCCUGAUCACAGACUCAUGAGGGGUCUGAGCCCCGAAAAAUACGGGGGUCGUCCCCUGAGUCGCAGGAGCCCGGAAACCCAGCCUAAGCACAGUGCCGAGAGCCUGGCCCUCAAGCAGCACCACUUGGGCCCUGGGCAUGGUAGCAGCCCGGAGCUCUACCAGAGGCAUAGGGGGAGUAUCAGCAGCAGCUGUGGAAGCCCUGAGCCCCGGCAGGUGCUGUUUGGGACCCCUGAACACCAUGACAAAGGCAUGCUGGGAGGGAGCAGUCCAGAGAUGCUUAGGCACCAGUAUAGUGUCAGUCCUGAGCAUGUGAAGUUCGGCAGCCCCGGGAGAGAGGCGGUGGCACGGAGACCAGCUGGAGAUGAGCUAUCGCCUCACCACAGGAGCAUCUACAAUGGUACGGACGCUUUGAUAUCGGCGGGCUGUUGCAGCAAUAACUGCAGAAAUGUGAAGCUAUGGGACAGCUUUGAUGCCUCAUCUUGACCGUGCCCAUUCCGGAGUGAUUUGAGUUAGCACACCUCCCACCCAGGUGCCCUGAGGGACUAACGCCCAUCACCUACCCUCAACCCCAUUGCUCUGACAGAUUCGGCAACGGUCAAGUUCAUCUUUGUCCACGCAUUCUCAUCAGGUCGAGCAGUCAAACCUCAUUCCAUUGCUUCAGUCACUAGGAACUCCGUAAUGGUCUAGUAGACCAAGCUGAUGAAGUUCUUCUAAAGACGGUCGGGUCGAACAAACAAGCAUGAAAUCUGGAAAAAAAAAAAAAAAAAAAAAAAACGCAAAAAAAAAAAAAAAAAAUUCCCUGCCAAUCCUGUGAAGGUCUACCUCCUGAAGAAGAGCACAGCAAAGGAGACACACACAAACACAUGAAUACACACACACACACACACUCACACGCACGCACGCACAUGCACACACAAACAAACACAGUCUGAGAUGCCUCCUGUGGUUUACAGACAUUCAUCAGUGGGGAUGCUCAGGAGUAAUCAAACACGCGAGCCACCUCCUGUCUCUGUUUUCCUCUCUGCACUUUUAAUUCACUUUCCUCUCUCUUUCUCUUUCUCCUCCUCCUCCUCCCUC